GCGGUUAGCAUCUAAUUUGUUGCAUUACCGCCACCUAAUAGACUGGAGUACAACUCCCUGAAACUUUACUUAAAGAAAAAUGUACUAAAUAAAUACCCUACCAUCUAACACUAUACUCACAAAUUUCAAAAUUAUAUAAAAUAAAAUGAACACCCCCCUACUCUUAAUUAAAUGCAUUUACUCCUACAUCAUGCCAUCACCCUGACAGGAUGGGACAUCACCACACAUACUGUAACUCUUCUGCUGUCAAGUCUCGCACACUCAAAUACCUCAGCAGAGCUGCCACCACAACCUCAAUUUUCUGAGUCUUCCGGUCCAUCCCUGCAGUACAAUUGAUAACCAUUGCUUUAAAUGCUAAAAUUCCAAUCUUACUGAAAUGUAUUUCACUUUUUGGCCUAUCCCUCUGUAUUGGUAUAUCUCUACUACUCUCACCACUCCUUCCCCUUAACCCAUCUUCCUCUACUUUCUUCACUACCUCAGCAUGACAACUUCUGCUUUACUCUAACCCUGGAAACCUCAACUUGCCUCUCUUGCACGGGACAUUUCUGAUCCCCAGCUCCAUGGGCACCCCUACAAUUAACACAUUCCACUACUUUCCCAAUUAACACAUUCCUUUGUCUCAUGCCCUUCUGCACAUUUCUCACACAAUGGACCCUCCCUCCUAAACACUAAGGCCACGUGCCCAUAAGCUUGACACCUGUAACAUCUUAAUGUAUUCGGCACAUACACUCAUACAGGAUAACUUGUAUCCUAACUUCACUUUGUCAGGCAAAGACUCAACUUCAAAACUCAAGAGAACAGACAAUGAAUCUUGUUUCCCCGCUCUCGCCACCCUGUCUGCGUCGCGUCAAACGAUGAGCAUCACAUACACCGGGAAUCUUUGCACCCAGCUGGUCAACAUUUAUAUCUACUGCUACCUCAGUUAUCACUCCUUUCAUUGGUGCCCUUUUCUUGAGAACGAAACAAUUAACUUUUCUUGCCCCCAUUCGAUUUACUUCGAGCGCAUUCUUCCUCUGCCCAACAGAAAUACAAACAAUUAUCACUAGACCACUUCUAGUUACCUUCACCGAUUCCACAUGACCCAACUCUUUUUUUCACCCACCACGAAACCACAAAUUAAUCAGCCAAAGGGCAAGAGUCCAGGAACUUUACUCCUACUGUCAGACUCUUCUUCAUCCUGAUCCUUGGUGCAUACCUCGGUCUCCGAUAACUUUACCCUCAUUCACUUCCAUUUAUCCUCCUGUCUUCAGCUCCCUCUGCUUACACUUUCUACCAUUCUUCUUUGACAAACCAACUCCCUUUUUUCCACCAUUUUUAUCCAACUCAAGCUCACUAUUUUAGACCUCUUCUACCUCUCUUUUCCCCUCCAUCUCCAUUCCUCCUGUUUUCCAAGUACACGUCUCCUCAUGAUAAUACUACCACUCCAUCCCUGACACCCAUCUUGUACUUGCUUUCUCUAUGGACUCAAUUUUACUCUUCCGGAGUCCCUGAUCUAUGUCAUAUCGCUGUCUACCUUUAAAACAUACAACAUAAAAUCAAAACAAAUAUCAAUUAAUUAUUUUCACUUUUAGAAACGCAUGUUUGAUAAUUAACUAAGAUAUAUUGAUUGUUGUUAACUGUGCAUACUUUCUAGCAUUUUUACUUUCAUAAUUAAUUUAGUUUACUGGACACAAUGAGAACGGAUGACAACUCUUAUUUUGAAAGAGUGACAAAAUCCAGAAGUAGCAUCACGUCACGUGAUUAAGAGGAUAUUUAAGCUCCUGGCGCGAGUUGGCGAGAAAGGAAAGUGACUUCCGAGAAAUAAAGAAGUAAACCAAUCUGAUCCCACUCGGGAAGCUGCCAAAACUGUCUUGUCAAUAAAAUGUCCCUUAGGAAAAUGAAACCUGGGAAUAAAGCCUCUGCGAACAUAAAGAGCUUUUUUGGUGGAUCCAUUCAAGACAUGGGACCUUCAAGGAAAACUCUGCAAGUCCUCCAGCAAGCUGCAGUCAAUAAGAACCUUGGCAGAGUAAUGCUGGGGGUUCCCAAAAGAAAACAGUGGAACGCAGAACAAGGGAAGGGCUCAAAGAGGGUGAAGGCUGAAGUUGCCGUCAAAUCUAUAAACACAGAAAAUGAAAAUCUACCUGAUGGCGUUACCAAGGAGGCCUAUGAACUAAUGGUCAAAGAAACCCCUCCCUCCUCUUACUGGAAGGAGGUAGCUGAGGAGAGGCGAAAAGCGCUCUACAACGUUCUCCAGGAGAAUGAGAAAUUGCACAAAGACAUUGAUGCCAAGGAUGAGCAGAUAGUGCAACUGAAGACAGAGAAUGAUGAGCUUCAGGAGCUGGCCCAGCACAUACAUCACAUGGCUGACAUGAUAGAGAGGUUGACUGGAAAGAGUCCGGAAAGUCUGGAUGACUUGAGAGAGAUCACCCUUGGUACCGAAGAUGAGUUGAAAGAGCUAGAUGAAUCUGAUGACCAAUGUACCAGCAGUGAUUUCACACCCGGGGCUGAUGUCUUGGAUGAUGUCACAGAACAACAGGAAGAUGAACCCUCAGAGGAUGAUUGCGUGACAGAACUGGUGCACUGAAAAUCCGCUUUGCGAGAUAUCUGGACUGUUAUGGACUUGCCAUUCUGGCACUGAUGCCUGUAGUUGCUUUAUAUAUUUUCUCUGCUUGCAUCUGAAGAGAUUCUUGUGCCUUAUUUGUGUGAUUUUUAUUUUGAUUAACCACAACAGCUUACCACCCAAUUUAUGGAAAGGGAAGUUUCCCUUGUUUUUAUCUUUGCUGUUUAAAUCUAUUUGUGUUAACCAAUGUUUGAGAUGGUCAUUAUAGUGCUGUUUUAAUGCACUCUGUACAUAUGCUUCAGGACUUCUGUGAAAUAAACAUAUUUUUUUUUA